AUGUGCGACCGAAGGGCCAGAAUGUUGCAAGAUCAGUUCAUUGCUAGCGUGAACCAUGUCCAAGCCCUUGCCAUCAUUGUUUCCACUUUCCAUUACUUCAAGAACCCUUCUACCAUUGACCAGGACACGUUUGCUGAGUACACUGCCAGAACAACAUUUGAACGGUCAUUGACUUGUUGUCUGGAGAGGGAAAAAUUAGCUUAG